AUGACAGUAUUUUGUAUUAAAGGAACAAAUAAUAUGAAUAUUAUUUUAUCUAAAGAAGAAGUUAAACAAAAAGAGAAAAAAGGACUUUUAGAAAGAUAUGCAGAAGAUAGAUUGACUCAGUACCUUAAAGACAAAUUAGAGGAAAAAGAUUUUUACAAACAGAUCUAUAGUAAAGACUCACAACUUGAACCAGUUGAUCUUUCAAAAUAUUCCUAUAGGUUAUUAGCUAGUCGUGAUAAUGUAAAAAGUGUUUCUCAAGAAAAAUUAAAAACAAUUUUUGAAUAUAAAAUGAAAAUGAUAGAAGAAGUACCUCGAUUUAAUGGAAGAUAUCCUUAUGAUUUUACAGCUCAAACAAAUCUUGAAAGAAUAGGUGAAAAAAUUGAAUUUGAUCCAAUACCAAUCAAUGACACACUUCCAGAUUAUUGUAAUGGAAGAGUUGAUAUUCUUUGGUUAUAUGUUAAUGGAGAUGAACCAAACUGGAAGAGAGAAUUUGGAAAAUAUGUUGAAGGAGAUAUACCUCAAAUAAGAUAUAGAGAUUAUGAAACAAUAAAAUAUUCAAUGAGAAGUGUUUUUGAAAAUGUUCCAUUUGAACUUCACUGGCAUCUUAUUGUACAAGAUGAAUAUCAAAUUCCUUCAUUUUUAAAUAAAAGUAAAUUAAUUUAUUAUAAUAGUGAGUCAACACCUGAUAGUCUUCGUGUUAUUUAUCAUCGUGAUUUCUUUCCUAAAGAAGCCUCUUUACCAACAUUUAAUUCUAAUGCUAUUGAGGCUGCAUUAGCAAAUCUAAAAGGUAUUAAUGAAUGUUUUAUUUAUUUAAAUGAUGAUAUGUUAAUUAAUUCACCUAUUCACGCGUCAAAUAUAUUUGACAAAGAUGGUAAAAUGAGAGUAUAUCAAAAAACAUGGGUUGCACCAUUUUUAUUCAGAAAUAAAUACAACCAAUGGGAUAGAACAAUAUCAAAUGCAAAUGAACAAAUGAAUAAAGUUUUUAAUGUUGAUAAAAGAAGACAUUAUAUUGCACACCAUUGUUACUUCUUUAGAAAGAGUAAUUUAAAAAGACUUUAUAAUGAUCUUUAUCAACCAUUAUUAGAGUCAAUGAAAAAAAGAACUAGAAGUGAUACAGAUCUUGCACUUCCAUUUCUUCAAGGAAAUUAUUUAUUAGAACAAGGACUUGGAGUUCCUAUGUUUGAAACAAACCCCAUUUUAGUAUAUUAUUCGAUAGAAGAAGGUAUAUUAAAAAACCAAAAUUUAUUAAAAGAAAUUAAAAUGAAGAAAACUCCAUUCGUUUGUGUAAAUGAUAAUUUUAAUGGUAAAGACAUGUACCUUGUUGAUGAGGCUAUUUCAUUUUUUAAGUCAGAGAUGGAUAAAAUUUAUCCAAAGAAAACUCCAUUUGAAAUUUGA